AUCCCACACUCACAAUCACAGUCACGGGGCGGCACCUGGCACUCCCCUUGGCACUCUGGCACCGCUUCCCUCCAGUAGCGACCGUGUCCUGAUACUCCGAUGGUUGACCAAACCGACCUGUGAGUAACUCACAAGAUUAGUCCCGAGGCUCACUCCAGCCUGGCUCUUAAUGAGACAGCAACGCAGAAUUACGUUCUCAUAACGAAGAUUAUACACAAAAUCUCGCCUCACUGGAGAUAAAGAGGAGGUUUCUUCCAAGAGAGGAAACCUUUGAAGUGAUUUAGAGAUACCCACAAAGAGGUUCUUUGUAUUCACGCGAGGUACUCACGGUCAGGACUCACAAUGAGUAGUGAGUACGAGGAGUCAAGAAACAUAUACAUCAGGCAAAGCACCUACAAUGGGGGAACGGAGAGCCAAGCAACAUCAACAGAUGUCGCCAGUGGGAACAAUAAUGACACCGUCGCGGACGUGUCGGUGAGCGGCGUUCGAGGCCACAAGGGCCUGACUGUAGGCCUGGGCGCCAUGUUCCUCGUAGGGGAGAUGGCUGGUGCCGGAGUCCUCAACUUACCCCGAGCCAUCGCCAACACUUGGUGGGUGGGGGUGCCACUGCUGGUGGUGCUGACUGUGGCUGUGGGGUACUCCGGGACCAGGCUGGCGCUGUGCUGGGUGCUGCUGGAGGAGCGCUGGCCGGAGUACAACAGCCCCUGCAGGAGACCUUACCCGGCCAUAGCCUUCCGGGCUCUCGGCAAACCUGGGCGAAUCGUAACAGAGGUGGCACUCGGGCUGACGUUGUUCGGGGCUUGCACUGUGUACCUGCUGUUGGCCUCGCAGUUGAUACGAGACCUGGUGGGACAGCUGAUACCCAGCAUCACUGAGUGCGCCUGGAGCCUCAUCAUCGGCUUGUCACUCAUACCCAUCAGCUGGCUUGGCACUCCCAAGGAUUUCUGGCCUGCGUCGGUCGUGGCGGUGUCGUCGACGUUCUUGGCCUGCCUGGUGGUCAUCGGGGUGGUCAUCGCCCGCAGGGACAACUACGACCCCGCUCUCUACCCAGCGCCGACCUUCAACUCCUUCUUCCUGGGCUUCGGUUCAAUCCUCUUCGCCCUCGGGGGAGCCUCCAUCUUCCCUACCAUCCAGAACGACAUGAGGGUCAGGUCGGAGUUCCCUCAGUGUGUGAUCAUCACAUUCUUGGUGCUGCUGGCCCUCUACCUGCCCAUGGUGACUGUGUGCUACGGUGUCCUGGGUGCCAACGGUAUUCACGACAACAUUCUCCUGGCGGUGUCCGGCUGGGCGGUCACUGUAACCCAAGCCUUCCUCUUCUGCCACUUCAUCUUCGCCUUCAGCAUCAUCGUCAACCCUCUCAACCAGACUCUGGAGGGGCUCUUCAAUUUGCCAAAUAGGCUGGGCGUGCGUCGCUGCCUUCUGCGCACCGGGGUCCUCCUGGUGGUGAUGCUGGUGAGCCUGGCGGUGCCGGAGUUCAGCAAGAUCUUGGACUUGGUUGGUGGGUCUACCGUGGCUGUCCUCUCCUUUGUGCUUCCUCCACUCUGCUACCUCCGUCUCUGCGCUGUCCAGGGCCACGAUGGCCUUCCACUGAGAGAGCUGAAGCGUGUAGAGCAGGUGGUGCUGACCGUUAUUGUGGGCGUGGGCGUGGCUGGGGGCGUGGCGGCCACCUGGAGCGCCCUCAGGGAGAUUCUCAGCCCGGGGGCAUUCACCACCACCUGCUUCUCCAGCGCCACCUUUCUCGACUAGGUGACUAUCUCCCAACUCUCCCACCUGCUCCACCUACUCCACCUUCUUCGGCUAGGUGGCUCUCUAUUCCUUCACCCGCUACACCAACAUCACCUACCUCGGCUAGUGCAGAUGGGAGAAGAAGAAGAAAAUAUUAGCAGUGUGUUCCUUGGUGCCUUCUUCACUGCAGGAAAUAUGUCGUCUGUGUUGGUAACGACAACCUAUCUUGAGUAGUUGUGGGUCCACGACACCUUCAGGUGUUGCUGGUCCCACGACACCUGCAGGUGUUGCUGGUCCACGACACUUUCAGGUGUUACAGCAGACCAAUGUCUGGCUUAGCAGCAUUUUCUUCUUUACCAGACAGACCAGGCUAAACAUUUAAAUAAAAUAUAUAUUUGCAUAUAUAUAU